CACUUCCCCAGUUUUCCUUCUCUCCUCUCCUCAUCCUUUCAGUCACCUUCAUCUUGACUCCUACUUGGUUUUCAAUUUCCCUCUCUCUGGUUCUUUUCUUUCCCUCAGUUUGUGCAUCCUCGUUUCUUUGCACUUCGAUUCUUCAUUUUAGCUUCCCUCUGAUAUUCCCAAAAUCAACAAUCAACAAUAAAAAAUCAACAAAAAUUUCAGAAAAAGGAAAAAAAAGAAGAAGGAGAUUUUCCUGUUGAUAGGAACAGAAGACUCCUAAAAAAAGGUUGACUUGCUUUCAAUGGCGGGUAAAGACUUUGGAGUCAAUUUCGGGGCCGGGCUUGCAGUAAAUAUAGUAACGGCUGUAGGACGGCAAGCUCGUUAUUGUUGUGAAUUCAACAAGCUUGUUACAGAUAUGCGUAAUGAACAAGGAAACUUAAUAUCUACAAGAAAUGACAUGCUGGUCCAAUUUAGAAAAGACAAAGCCAACAGUAAAGAGCCUUCAGCAGAACUUCAGAGGAAGUUUCAGGAAGCAAAUGUGCUCAUAGACAAAGUGGACAAGCUGAAAGAGAAAGCAGAAGCAAAGCAAAGCUGCUGCCAUGGGGUUUGCCCUAACUGGAUAUGUCGAUAUGUUGUUGGAAAGAAAGCAGAGAAGAAGACAGAAGCAAUGAAGCAGCUCAAUGACAAGUUGAGACCAAAGCUAUCAGCUGCCCAUCGUAAAUCACUUGAAUACAUGCCCCAGCAGAAGAUUUCAUUCUAUUUAAGUGCACAGAAGAGGCCCUCAAAGAAAUCUUAAUGGCACUGAGAGAUGUUAGAAGAAAAGAAUUGGGCUUUAUGGAAUGGGGGGUUGUGGUAAGACGUCCUUGCUAGAAAAAGUGCUUAAGGAAGUGGAAGACCAUAACUCCUCAAGACAGCAUAUGCCGUUGUGUCCAAUACUCCAAAUUACAUGGCUAUUCAAGAUAGCAUUGCAAACUGCAUAGGCUUGGUAUUUGAGAUGGAGAAGAAUGUAACCAAUCGAGCUGCAAGAUUG